GGCAGCUGCACGUUCGGCAUCGCGGCUGGAGAGGAGGCUGGGUGCCCGCGCGCUCCGUUUCGCGGGAUGGGCACCGGGACGAGCCGCGGCUAAGAGUCGUGCUGCGGGCGACGGUUUAUUGUUAGGCACACGCAAGGGCUACUCGUCUGGAGAAGAGUCGAGACGGAAGAGGCGGGAUCAAGCUCUAAGCCGGAAGGGGUGAACCUGGCAAUGAAAGUGAUCCGGUGUCUGUCGGGCUGAAACGUAGUGGACCACAGAAGGUUCAGACCUCCGAAACUUGGAAAACACGAAGAAGUAGAAAAAAAAAGGAAGCAAAAGGAAUCCAUCAUCCCACAACUAGAGAUCAUCUUACUAACGUUUUGAUGCUGAAAUGAAUCGUCACCUGUUUGUUUGGCUUUUUAGACAUCCGUGUCUUAAUGGUCACCACCAGUGCCAUGUCCAUCUCCAUUCUCAUCAACUUACACAGAUACCUCUUGACACAAGGCUGUGGGUUUUUAGACGAAACAGGAAUCACAUUCUCCAUUGUCUGUUAAGUGAGAAUUGGUCCAGGAGAUAUUGUCAUCAAGAUACCAGGAUGCUCUGGAAGCAUAAAGGACUACAGAAAUACAUGGAGGACCUGAGUAAGGAGUACCAAACACUUGAUCAUUGUUUGCAGCAUAUCUCUGUGAGUGAAGGGGACCGGAGGUCCUUGAAUCAACGGCAUGCUGAGCUGGCUCCGCUUGCAGUCAUUUACAAAGAAAUUCAGGAGGCUGAACAAGCCAUUGAAGAAUUAGAAUCAAUGUGUAAAAGUCUAAAUAAAGAAGAUGAAAAGCAGUUACAAGAACUUGCUUUGGAAGAGAGGCAAACCAUUCUUCAGAAAAUCAACAUGUUAUACAGUGAGCUUCUCCAGAGUCUAGUGCCAAAGGAGAAAUAUGACAAAAAUGAUGUUAUUUUAGAGGUGACAUCUGGAAGAACUACUGGAGGUGAUAUCUGCCAACAAUUUACCCGGGAAAUAUUUGAUAUGUAUCAGAAUUAUUCAAGCUACAAACACUGGAAAUUUGAACUUCUGAAUUAUACACCAGCUGAUUAUGGUAGGUUAUAUCAUGCCACUUCCGUAGAUGUGAAAGUGGACCCCAAGGAUUUACGAAUAGAUACAUUUCGAGCCAAAGGAGCAGGAGGGCAGCAUGUGAAUACAACUGAUAGUGCUGUCAGACUUGUCCAUGUCCCCACAGGACUUGUAGUAGAAUGCCAACAAGAACGAUCACAGGUAAAAAAUAAAGAAAUAGCUUUGCGUGUGUUGAGAGCUAGACUCUACCAGCAGAUUAUUGAGAAAGACAAGUGUCAACAACAGAGUGUGAGAAAACUGCAGGUGGGAACAAGAGCCCAGUCAGAGAGAAUUCGGACAUAUAAUUUCACCCAGGAUAGAGUCACUGACCACAGGAUAGCAUAUGAAGUUCGUAAUAUUAAGGAAUUUUUAUGUGGGGAGAAGUGCCUGGAUCAGCUAAUUCAGAGACUGCUUCAAUCAGCAGAUGAAGAAACCAUUAAUGAAUUUUUGGAUGAAAAUCUUAAAUCAGCAAAAUAAAUACUGAUUUAUAAUUUAUUAUUAUAUAAAUGAAAUGGACCUAUGUCAAGAAGCAGACCGAGGUAGGGAAAUCUUUAUGAAAGUUGAUAAAGAGCAGCUAAAAAUACAUGGUACUCACAAAAAUAUUUUUUAAUGAAUCCAGUUACAUUUCUUGACCUAAGUUUAUUUUAGGUUUCCUGUAAAGUACAAUCCAGCUCUUCAAGUAGAAACAAAGCAUGCAUUGUUGAAAAGAGAAAUAAAGUAUUGAGAAUUGACUAUGUGA